ACCAAAGAGGUUAUGAGAUUUAUUUGACAGCAAACUGCAGGGUGGCUUCAGUUUUGUCCACUGGUUGAUGGUCACUGGGAAGUAGAACAAAAGAUGAUAAACCAUUAAAAUGAUUUUAAUUUAAAGAACUGAGAGCAAGGCAAGAAAUUUUCUGUCCACAACAAUGUGAUGGAAAACAAUUUUACAGUUACUUUAAAAUUAUUAGGACCCACUUUUUUCUUUAUGAACCAGUAGUGCUCGGUUCUGUCCAGCCUGGAGGCUUCUGGAUCACACAAAGUAAAAUGUCUGUCAUUCCUUUUCAGGUGUUUUGUUAAAGGUGUCAUUUUUGGUCAGAUUGUAGCCUAAUGAUUUUAGUUUACUCAUUUGAUCCGCUGUAGAGCUGUGGAAAAAGUAACUAUGCAGACCUUAAGUGGGAUUAUUUAUUUAUUUUGGUAUUUCCUUUUAGUUCAGUGGAGACUUCUGCAUCUUGUUUGUUUGUCAGAGAGGGAUAAAGCCUCUGUGUUUGACUGAAAGCGCUGCCAUCAAAACCCUAACAUCAGCUCCAGGGUGUCCAAUAAGGAGUGAGAUUCAGUGUCCCGCCCUGCCUCCCAGGUGAGCUAAAGAGUCAGACUUCAUCGGAUUUCUGUCGGACACUUUCUGAAACACACUUCGUGGCCGUUCUGGCUUCACUCUCUUUGGCCCAAAUGGUUUUCAGAUCGCAGCUCGACUUUUUCUCGGCCUCCCGUCUCCUCAUGCCCUUGUUUGCGGAUGGUCCCUCUAUCCCGGCCGGCUCCCGGUCUCCAGAGGAUGCCCCCGCCGCCUGCCCUCCCCUGGCUCUCCCGGGGCUGUGUUUCUCGGCGGCGCAGAUCGCCAGCGUGUGCGAGACCCUGGAGGAGACCGGAGACAUCGAGCGGCUUGCUCGCUUCCUUUGGUCACUCCCGGUGACUGCAGACGGGCGCGAUUCUGAGCACGAGUCCGUGCAGCGGGCUCGCGCCGUGGUGGCCUAUCACACAGGGAGUUUCCGCGAGCUGUAUCGCAUCCUGGAGACGCACCGCUUUACGCGCGCCUCCCACGGUAAACUGCAGGUGAUGUGGCUCGAAGCUCACUACCGAGAGGCAGAGAAGCUCCGGGGGCGGCCGCUCGGACCGGUGGACAAGUAUCGCGUGAGGAAAAAGUUCCCGUUACCGAGGACGAUUUGGGACGGAGAGCAGAAGACACAUUGCUUCAAAGAGCACACCCGGGGUCUGCUGAGAGAGUGGUACCUGCAGGACCCGUACCCGAACCCCGGGAAGAAGCGGGAACUGGCACACGCCACCGGCCUGACACCGACUCAGGUUGGGAACUGGUUCAAAAACCGGAGACAGAGAGACCGGGCAGCAGCAGCCAAACACAGGUUGCAGCACCACCGGAUGUGUCCGGAGAGUGCACGUGCACUUAGCGGUGGAGAGUGCAGCCCGGACGGGAGCGGGGAGCGCGCAGAUAGAGAAACCCUUCUCACCGUGACAGACAGUGACUCUGACUUGGAUGUCUGAAACGUUUAAUCCAUGAAAUGGACCUUGAGAGGCAUGUGAUGUUCCGUGGAGCAGGAUGUAUGAGGACAAAAGGCUGGCCAGGGGUUCAGUAGCCUAAAUGUUCAGGGAACCAAACAGCUUCAUCCUAAAUAUCACCCCAGCCUUCCAAUAGGUACCUUAAACACCGGUUACAUGAAUAUUUAACUACAUCACUGGAUGAUGACCCAGCUGAUCAAACUAACCUGGACCACUGAUGGAUUUUGAUCCACAGAGCCCCACAUAGGAGGACUGAAACCUGCCAGUAUACUCACUCUUAUUUUCUCUAAUUGUGUGUCAUUGUCCUUUAAAAACAUUAAACUAGUUGUUUCUUUAGAGACCCCUGAAGGCCCUUGGAUAUCCACUGCUGUAGACAAUCAACACACACUGAAGCCAGCUUCCCUGUCUGGCUGUCUGUAUGUUUAUGGUUCACUUUAUUUAAAGUAGUCGGAAUUCACGUUGCAGUUUGCGUGAUGCUAUGUCCUACUUUAUGUUCAGCUGGUG